UUUCCACAAAUGAACUUGUUUCCAUUCAGCUUUUGAAUAGGUAAAUAAAUACGCCAAAUCCUCAUUUCCUUUUCCUCAGCUUUGCCCAUAAUCGACAUCUGAAAUAAAGAGAUUAUCGAUAAAAUUGGUCGUACACUAUUCGUGUCAUAGGUUACUUAGUUUUUUACUUAAAAAUACUUUAUUCACAAAAUAUUUUCGUUUUAAUCAUGGAUUGUACACGACUAAAACUAAUUAAAUUAGUAACUGUUAACGACUCAAAGUAAAAAAUGAAAAUAUUGCAUACAAACAUCAGUUUACCGACCUGUUCGGAUCAAGUUGGAAAUUUGGCCAAAAAUGCGUCAGUAGUUAGUCUUCUUACACACCCACUACAAACUUCACAUUUCCUUAAAGAUUUGGCCCCCAUUUAAAUAACAGCUAAAGUUAUUUUACCAAUUACAAUAAAAAAUAACCACGUAUUUUCACGUUCACGACAAUUCAAAUGACGUUUGACGUUUUACUACCAAUCAUACCAACCUAAAGAAAAGUAAGUAUAAUACGUCUAUGUUAAAAGCAAGUAUGGUAUGUGCCACCAAAAUGCAACAGCAGUCAUUUUAAUUCGAUAAGAUUAUUUCUAUGCCUCAAUGUUGGUAACAAGGGCUUUCAUAAUUUAUCAAAGUAUGGGGUGUCGAUGGGCUGCCUUCAGUCUUCAGUAUUCCAUUUUCUGAAGGGAUAUGAGUAAAACAGAAUUGAAAAUUGCAAUUUUAUAUCUUCACAUUAACAUAAAAGUAGUGCAAUAAUAUUUUAAAAUACAUCUUGAAAGUUGUGGCCCUCGAAAAGAGUUUAAUGUGGAGAGGACAUCAUAUUUUAAGACAUAUUUAUAUAACCAUGAAGAUCUGAUCUGUGCUUAGUUACACACACCUACAGACUACAACAAAAAUAUUUGGGGAAUUACGGACAGAUUCCAACUAAUUUACAAUGGUUACAACGAGACGAGCGCGUAAUCAGACUAACGCCCGGCUAUCCGAGGCUGUUUUGCGUCCAAAUUCCGUAUCCGAAAAUGGAAGAGCUCGCCAGAACUUGAACCCAGAAGUGUUGGCUGCAAUGAGCAAAGAACAACUGCGUGCUGAGUGCAGGAAACGCGGACAACGGGCUACGGGCAACAAAAAUGAGCUGCUAGCCCGUCUCGGGUAUUACAAGCUGGCGGCGGCGCAGGCCGACACGGAGCAGCGCGCGCGCAACGGGCUGCACAACCCCCACCCUAAAGAGAUUAGAAUAAGGAGCAAGGAGAACAUGGAUUCAGACAGCAAUCUGGUGUUAUGGCGGCGACCCAUCACCACACUAGAAUACUUCUUCAAAGAGCUUUUCGCGCUCACCUCCGCCGGACUCCAAAGAUUAUUCGCGUACAAACUUCUGGCUUUAUUAAUAGUAUUGAUUAUCACCGGUACGACGGUGUCCUACCACAUAAGCGGGCCUCAUCAGCCAUAUGUACAUCUAAUAAUAUCAACACUAGCUUGGUGGGGCUGGUGGGUGAUCCUGGGCGUGUGCAGUUCCGUAGGCCUCGGGACCGGCCUCCACACAUUCCUACUGUAUCUGGGGCCUCACAUCGCGCGGGUUACUCUCGCCGCGUACGAGUGCGGCGGCCUCAACUUCCCCGAACCGCCUUACCCUAACGACAUAAUCUGCCCAGCAGAAAUCGACCCCAACAACGCCGUGUCCAUAUGGAACAUCAUGGCCAAAGUGCGCGUCGAGUCCAUGAUGUGGGGCAUCGGUACUGCGCUGGGAGAACUGCCUCCGUACUUCAUGGCGAGGGCAGCGCGACUGUCUGGCGGCAGUGUGGCGGAGCUCAAUAUAGAUGACGAAUCCACUAUGAGCAGAGCAAAGAAAACAGUACAAAAGCUAGUCGAGCAGAUCGGCUUCAUCGGCAUCCUAGCCUGCGCGUCAAUACCUAACCCACUGUUCGACCUCGCCGGGCUUACCUGUGGGCACUUCCUCGUACCGUUCUGGACGUUCUUCGGAGCCACAGUGCUGGGCAAGGCGGUCAUUAAGAUGCACAUACAGAAGAUGUUCGUUAUUGUGUCCUUCAAUGAGACUCUUGUUGGGCAAGUCCUAACCUGGGUGGAGCGGAUACCCUACAUCGGGCCCAAGCUCGAAGCUCCCCUCCUCGAAUUCCUCCGCAACCAGAAGGCGAGACUACACAAAAACGACUCCGCACUGCCCGAGAACUCGGGCUCCGUACUCUCUAGUUUACUUGAGAAGUUCGUGCUGGCGAUGGUGCUGUACUUUGUGGUGUCGAUAGUGAACGCUCUGGCGCAGAAUUAUAACAAGCGGAACGGGAAGAAGAAAGGGAAGAAAAGGGAAUAGGGGCGCGCGCCGCCCGAGGCAACACCACACACCGCGCGCCGUCGCACGUCGGAGAAACGUCGACGGCGGUAGUACCCAAUAAACUGCGAUGAAAGUUAAAUAGUUAUUUUAUUAAGACCGCGUAAUACUACAAGACACAUGCCAUAUUUCUCUCGCAUAUUGUCAACAUAUGUACGAUAGAGAGAGCAUGUUUCUUGUAGUUAUGUACUAGCUUUAAGUCCACUUGUCCUGUAAAAUAGAGGCAAUGUCUUAUGAAUACAUAGUCAAAAACCAUAAGUUUCACUAGUAUAAGAUACUUUUAAUGUGAGGUGGGAUUUAAGUAAGAGAAUAGACACAUAAUUUUCAUGGUGUCAAAAAUGUUAUUUAACUGUGAUUGUUGUAGUGGUCGAUAACGCAGAUUCUAGAAUCUAGAUAAUAAACAUUUCACGGUAAAAUAAUACGUAAGGUCGGGUUACAUUGCCCCAAGACUUUGGCCCACAUGAAUAGCGCAUAUAGAAGGGUCUAAUAUAAAAUAUAAAACGUGAAUAAAGCUAAAAUCAACCACGUGACUAUAUGUUAUAAAAACUGCAACAAAUAACUUGCUCUAAAAUAAUCCCAAUGGCCAAAGAUACCCUCCAGGGGCAAAGUAAUCCGUCGUUACGGUAAUAUAAUACAUUUUCUAACGACCCUGUUAGUAGGUAUACUAGGUAUAUGUAGCUUUCCUCAACUAUACAAGCUGACUAAAAAAAUAAACCGAUAAGUACUUAAUGUCGUAAAAAUAACUAACAUUUUUUCGUAAAAUAACCAUCAUUUUUUACUUAUAACCAAUGAAUGAAAUUCUGGCAUCAUAGAACUAUACAUAAUUUUUAGAACAUCGUGACAUAAAAGGUUUUAAUUUUAAAUUAUAUCAGCUCGAUCGUGUAUCUAUAUUAUAAAAAAAUUCAUUUUAUUUGAGACCUUUUCGUUGAGUUAGGCUGCUAUAAGUAGUAUCGUAACGAAUAGGUAAAAUCCUAUAUCUCACAAUUUUACUAUUUCGCUCAAAAUUGUAUUAUUAUUUUGUUUACUUGUUUACACAUAAUAUAUAUUAUGUUAUAUAUACUUUGUGUUGUGUGCAUGUUUCAUUACAUAUAAUACUUAUGAGCGUUGCUUAUUUCUAUUCGUUACUAGACCAUUUUCAGUGGCAAAGCUCAAAUAAUUCACAUAUUACCAGCUAGUGGCCCGACCGGUAAUAUCUUGCCUUACUCUAAGUUAAAAUAAGUGUUCACUAACCAUUAACUAGCUAAGUAACUAUUUAACUUUCACCCAAGUUAGUAAUAGUCAAGUAUUGAGAGGUAAAAUAAUAAAAUCAUGGGUAUAGUUUUCUAAGUAACAUAAAUGAUAAGCUUAGAAAAGAAUAUGAUGUAGGAGAUUUCAGAAUAUUCUAGCCCUAGUUAGCAAAAUAGCAUGUCCUGUUUUAAAUUUACAGAAUUUUAACUGAAAUUUUCUCAACCCGUGGACGUGUUGCAAAUUUUUUGAAGUGGUUUUACGCCUUCCCCUUUUGUAGAAUGUUCACUUAGACAUUAGCAUUUUUCUAGCAUACCUAUUGUCUAAUUUUGUAUUGGCAAAAACAGCUUUACAAAUAGUUUUGGCCUGAAGGUAUGUGUCUAUAACCUUAAAGACAAAUUGGAAGCUAAUAUGAAUUCCAUUAUCAGUUUAAAUAUUUUUACUUGAAGUAAAUUUUAUUAUACUGAUUCGUGUGUGGACCUUUUUUACAUUUUAAUCUGUUGCUAAAAACUGUUAUAGUCGUAACAUUAGUCUGAGACAAUUUGGAGAUAGUCUUACACAUUGAAAAGAUAAGAGAAUGACUAUAACAGAUGUUAUGCUAGUUGAUUUAACAAGACCUAUGUGCUAGAAGCAGAUAAUAGAUAGGUACUUGUCACAAUGCUUGACGUGUACUUUUUUAAGAUAUCGCAGCGGUUGAUGCUUAUGGAUGCACAUUUUGAGCGUAGAUAUCGGUGCUUUAAACUUUUGAUUACUCUAAUUUAAGCCAGUUCCUGGGGCCCGUUUCUCAAAAACUUGUAACUUGUAAUACAAGCGGAUGUCACUUUUUGACAGCUUUUGUUAGAAAGGGACUUCCACUUGUAUUACAAGUUACAAGCUUUUGAGAAACGGGCCCCGUCGUUUAACAAAGUACCAGUGGGUGUGGGUGUACCGGAUUGAUUUAAAAUAUUAACCAAAAAUAUUUGUAGUGAUAUAUCCAAAUGUACCUAUUAUUUGGUGCUGUUCCUAAUUUUCCAAAUUUGACAUGUUUAAGUUGUAUUGUACAAUUAUAUUGGUAAAAAGUUUGUUAUUUUUUGCAUGUUUUUUUUUACUACAAAGUAGUCAUACGGCUAUCUGUCCGUUUUCUCUGAAAAAUUGUUAGCCAAUAAAAUAAUCUUUCCUCCGUGGGGAUUUCCGCCGAAACUGAAUUUUACAUCUGCUCUGUAAACUAUACGUAGUUAUAGUCAUUAUUUGCAUUUCAAAUUUACUUACCCUAUAUAAUAACUAAUAUAUUUUAAUAUGUUAUAUUUUAUUUCGGUGUUUAAUCAAUUUAUGCGCAUAUCUGUGCAACUCUGUUUUUCGUUUCUACUAUUUCUAUAACAUUGUUUUAAGUUAAAUAACUAACAUAAUUUAGUUUAAUGUGAGCAGUCAAAGUAUAGGGGUUACAAUAAAAGACAUUUUGUAUCUUAUACGUAUAGGAAAAAAUAAUAUAUAUAAUAAUUAAGUAGCUGAAUGGAGCCCAGUAUUAAUUUAUUAAGAAGACACUCCCGCGAAAAAAAUAUAAGUAUGGGCAAUUUGAAUGAAAUAUGUUUGGGGCCCAAUAGAUAUCUCAAACACUAAAGCCCAAAGCAGAUUUUUAACAAAAACUGUUUCAAACAUUGAACCAGUAGUUAUAAUGUUUUGAUUCAUCUGUGAAUCACAUUCCCUGCUUUAUGAAAUUAUGAUGUGACGAUUGUCUUUUGAACUAGUCCGUAAUUCUAAAUAUAUCAGCGGUAAUUAUUUACUUGAAUUUAACUUCUAUAUUGAGGGACACUCCAAGAUACAAAGUCAAGAAUGAACUAUUUUUGUCUUUUUUUUUAAUAUCUGCGUCCCUUUUGAUUCGAAAACGUGGCCAGAAUAAAAAAAAAACUUAGCACAAACUAGUGUUGUAAAUAAGUAAACCUGUAAAUUAAUACCAAUUCUUAUUUAACUCGUUAAUUUUUCGUACGGUAGUUGCUCUUAUUUAUUCUUUUUAGUUUUUGGGGCUGUUCUUAUUUGUGAAAUGGGCUUAAAACAUUCCAUUUAUAAAUGUUAAACAUAAUAGUUACUUUCCAUUGGGAUUUUAUACAAAAGUUAAAGUAAGUAAUUCAAUGCCAAAUUUAGUAAUUACAAGGGUUCAUAAAUCAUGAUUUGAAGUUAAUUUAGGUGAUGCCAGUCAGGAACUGUUGCUCAUCAGUAAAAUCAGACAAGGCUUUCUCUAGCUUAGUACUUUAACCCUGUGAAACAUUUCGGAAUGCACGAAGGUUGAUAUAUUGAGCUGUAACCGCGCCUGUGGGCUUUGGCGGUCAUAGGGUUGAUAAUUUUCUGUGUUUAACACCAGUGUGUUGCUCAACAUACCUACAGUACCUGCCAGUAAUGGCUUGCCAGUAAAAAAGAUAGAAACAACUGGCAUUGUCUAAACUAGCUUCUAUGUAGAAUGAAAAAUAAUAGACGCUCAUUGUACAGGAAUAAUCUAGGAACUAUUUUGAGAGUGCAGUUAUAAAAGCUGGAGUUUUAAUACUUAAUAAAAUCAGAGGUAAAAUUUCUAUGGGAUGAUAUAGUAAUAUAUUUAGAACAUGUGAUUUAAUUUAUUCAGAUGUGAAAGUAUAUACAUAAUAGUUUAAUUGUUUAUUUUAAUUGAACAUGUAUUCUUUUCCUCAAAUAUUUGUUAGUUACGAUGUAGUCAUGUGAAGUGGUACACUUAGUACAAAAUUUUUGCAUAUAAAUAUUUUCCAGUUUGAGGUUUGCACUCGAAAAGCAAUAAAUGGAUGGUGAAAAGCAAAAA